GACUGUGGACAUAGUACAGGGGAUGACCAGAGACUGCGGACAUAGUACAGGAGAUGACCAGAGACUGCAGACAGUACAGGAGAUGACCAGAGACUGCAGGCAUAGUACAGGGGAUGACCAGAGACUGCAGGCAGUACAGGGGAUGACCAGAGACUGCAAGCAGUACAGGGGAUGACCAGAGACUGCAGACACAGUACAGGAGAUGACCAGAGACUGCAGACAGUACAGGAGAUGACCAGAGACUGCAGGCAGUACAGGGGAUGACCAGAGACUGCAGACAGUACAGGAGAUGACAAAAGACUGCAGACAGUACAGGGGAUGACCAGAGACUGUGGAC